AAGAUCAACCAGGACAGGGGCGUGGUGCACCACCCGUUCAACGGGUCGCAGAACGAGGCACUCUUCUGUGUAUUCGACGGGCACGGCAGUGGCGGUGAAAAGGUCGCAGAGUACUGCAUGCGCAAGAUCCCCACCGCUCUGCAGGAAAAAGGCGACCUGCGCGCGAGCACGGAGGCGACGUUGGAGAAGGCGGUCUGCGACGUGGACCGCUCAGUGCUGCGCAAGGCGGAGGGGCGGUUCGCGCUGAUGUGCGGCUGCACCUCAAUCAUCGUCUACCUUCAGGGCCGCACCCUCUGGACCGCCUGCUCCGGCGACAGCCGCGCGGUGCUCGGCUACUCCUCAAAGGGCAGCAUCCGCGCGCGCGACCUGUCUGAGGACUGCAAGCCGGACGACCCAAAGGAGAAGAAGCGGAUCGAGAAGUGCGGCGGCGUCGUCUCGGGCGGCGGCCGGCCGGGCGUGCCGGCGCGGGUAUGGGCAAAUGGCGCGGUGGGGCUCGCCAUGUCGCGCUCGAUCGGCGACGGCGAGGUCAAAAAGUUUGGCGUCAUCUGCGACCCAAAGAUCCGCAAGUUCGAGAUAACCCCGGCGCCGGCGAACGACAAGAAGGCUGACGGCGACCGCUUCAUCAUCGUGGCGAGCGACGGCGUGUGGGAGUUCAUCGACUCGCAGGAGGCGUGCGAUAUCGUC